GAGCGGGGAGACUGCGAGAGCCGGGCUGCAGUACCGACUUUAGCAGCCGCGCAGCCGCUCGACUCCAGUCAGCUGUUGCGGAGUCGCAGCCCGAGUCGGGUCGAGGAGGCUGCAUCUGCAGCCGGGAUCCCAUAGCCCGCGCCCCCAGCCCGCCCCGGGGCGCUCCAGGCCGCACCAUGGUGAAGGUGACGUUCAACUCGGCUCUGGCCCAGAAGGAGGCCAAGAAGGACGAGCCCAAGAGCGGCGAGGAGGCGCUCAUCAUCCCUCCGGACGCCGUCGCCGUGGAUUGCAAGGACCCCGAUGAUGUGGUACCAGUUGGCCAAAGAAGAGCCUGGUGUUGGUGCAUGUGCUUUGGACUAGCAUUUAUGCUUGCAGGAGUCAUUCUAGGAGGAGCAUACCUAUACAAAUAUUUUGCACUUCAACCAGAUGAUGUGUACUACUGUGGAAUAAAGUACAUCAAAGAUGAUGUCAUCUUAAAUGAGCCUUCUGCAGAUGUCCCAGCUGCUCGCUACCAGACAAUUGAAGAAAAUAUUAAGAUCUUUAAAGAAGAUGAGGUUGAAUUCAUCAGUGUGCCUGUCCCAGAAUUUGCAGAUAGUGAUCCUGCAAACAUUGUUCAUGACUUUAACAAGAAACUCACUGCCUAUUUAGAUCUUAACCUGGAUAAAUGCUACGUGAUCCCUCUGAAUACUUCCAUUGUUAUGCCUCCCAGAAACUUGUUGGAAUUACUCAUUAACAUCAAGGCUGGAACCUAUUUGCCUCAGUCAUACCUGAUUCAUGAACAUAUGGUUAUUACUGAUCGAAUUGAAAACAUUGAUCACCUGGGUUUCUUUAUUUAUCGACUGUGUCAUGACAAGGAAACUUAUAAAUUGCAACGCAGAGAAACUAUUAAAGGUAUUCAGAAACGUGAAGCCAGCAAUUGUGUCACAAUUCGGCAUUUUGAAAACAAAUUUGCUGUGGAAACUUUAAUUUGCUCUUGAACAGUCAAGAAAAACAUGGAGAAAAAUUUAAUGCCACAGCAUAACCCCACCCUUUGUGUUUUGUGCAGUGAUUAUUUUUUUUAAUCUUCUUUCAUGUAAGUAGCAAACAGGGCCUCACUAUCUUUUCAUCUCAUUAAUUCAAUUAAAACCAUUAUCUUUAAAAAGUA